AUGGAUAGUGAGUUGAAGUUGGAGCAGAGCAUGGCAGCUGCUGUUGCCCAAGCAGCUACGCUUGUGGGCCAUGAGGAUGUUGAGGAAGGUGAAGAUUCAGAUAUUGGAGAUGAUGAGCCAAGUGGUAGUGAAUUGGACACUGCACCUACUUCUGUAGCUGGAGGAGGUGAUAGAUCGCAUGAUGGAAAUGGGGUGGAAUUGGAUCAAGGUGUCAAUGGUACGCUUGAUAAUGAAGUAUCUAAGGUAGUUGGUGAUGUAGAAUCCUCUGACAUUUCCAAACCAAAUCAACAACCGGCACAACUGCAACAAGUUCAAUCACAAUCUCAUCAAGUUGAAGUUGAUGAUAUUGGGGAAAUAGAAUUAAAUGAAUUACCUGAACCAUUUGCAGGUAAGCUUAAAGAGUAUAUUCAAAAAGCAGAAAUGGAAAGGUUUCUGGCAUUAACUGGUGAAUUGGCAUAUUUAAGGGGUUAUUUGGAAAUUGUUCACCAUAAAAUUGAUAAGUUCACAACUCUUUUACUGGAUAUUGCAUCUGAUGUUAAAAAUCAAGAUUUGGCUCACAGUUUACAAGCAAUUGCACAAGAUUUAAGUGCUUACCCAAAAGAAACAGAUAAUGAGGGUUCAAAUUCCAAGAAACAACUUCUGCAACAACAACAGCAACAGCAACAGCAACAACAUCUCCAUCACCACCAUCAUCUACCUGUAUCCCUUGAUAGCAAUAUGGACCCUGCUUUACACAAUGUUGCAGUUGCUGCGGUCGCACAAGCUGCUGCUCAGGAACAACAACUGGAUGAUUCCAUGACCCAUUCUCAUCAUCAUCCUCAUCAUCAAGAGGAGCAUACACAAAAUCCUCACCAGAUUCCAGGAGGGUUGUCAACCGAUUCAGCGGCUGCUGCAGCACUUAAAAGACUUCAAAGACCACUGAAUGACUCCCGUAAAAGAAAAAAGAGAAAUGAUGAAGGCAAUAAUGUUGAUGUGGAUGACGUUGAUGAAGAUGAUGAAGAUGACGCGGAUCGUAGUGGACGGCUUGGGGCCCGAAAACCCAAGUUUAAUGUGGAAUUUCUUCACAAUCCAAUGAGUAUUAAAGAAAUAUACGAUGAAUUCACAAAGGGUUUUAGAGGUCAAAUUCCAUUAUGUGAAAUGGAUGAUAAGUAUGGGAAACAUAAUUGGCGAGGAGAUUCUCGAUCUAAAGAAUCUAAAAGGUUUCAAAGAAGAAAGAAGUUAUGUGAUGCUAUUCACCGAGGAAUGGAAAAAUAUGGUAAACUGGCCGAUGAGGUCAUUUCUUACAUUGAAACAUUCCGGGAUAAUAAGUCAUUGACAUGGAUUAUGAAUGGCAACCUACCACAGGAUUUACUCACUUGA